AUGCGACGCCAGUCAGUUCGGACGUGGUUCGAUGGUAUUACUAUCGGCAGCCUUAUGUGGGUGGGCGCCUUAGUGCGCCUACUCCUUAUUGUCUACGCGUAUUUUCAUGACAGCUGGUGUCGCAUCAAGUACACAGAUAUUGACUACAUGAUUAUUGUGGAUGGGGCGCGGGACAUGUGGCUGGGGGGUUCACCCUUUGAUCGAGCAACAUUUCGCUAUACACCUCUCCUUGCCGUCCUCAUGCUGCCCAGCGUACUGGUGGCAAACCCGCUUGGAAAGCUGCUGUUCACCUUGUGCGAUUUGGGUGCCGCCUACUACUCUUAUUUAGUUAUUGUAACCUUUGCCACGGAGCGGAGUGCAAAGUGGAUGGUGUCUUUCUUUAUUCUAUUUAACCCCAUUGUGCUGAACGUCUCAACUCGUGGAAAUAGCGAUAUGCUGGUUACUUUUUUGAGUAUUCUCGUGUUGGCGAAGUUCACGCAGUCAAAAUACUUUCAGGCAGCUGCCGUACUGGGUUUUGCCAUUCAUUUUAAGUUAUACCCUGUGAUCUACGUUCUUCCCCUGACGCUUAGCAUGUUGGAGCGCGCACAAGCUGACACUAUUUCACGCAAACUAAAACGUGUUCUUCCUGAGCUAACGCUUUGUGGACUUCUCGUGAUACUUUUCUUUGCAAUUCCCACGAUGGUGUGCUACCAGUGGUUUGGCCAGCAAUACCUAGAUGAAGCGUUUAUGUACCACUUGCGUCGUGAGGAUCACCGUCACAAUUUUUCUCCGUAUUGGUUACUUAUGUAUCUCAAUAUGGCAAGCCGUCAUCUUGGUGUGGGAACCGACUAUGUUCCAGGACUUUUUGCGUUUCUCCCUCAGGCUCUUGUGUUGUUAUUCGUCUCGUACAAGCUGCGUCGCAAUGUUGCCCAUGCAUGUUGCGUUCAAACAAUGCUCUUUGUUGCCUUCAAUAAGGUGUGCACCGUGCAGUAUUUUGUGUGGUUCCUCCCUUUUAUGGCGUUUCUUUUCUCUAAGCCUCGUGAAGGUGAGGGAUGUGAGAAGCUGCCGGGGUUGUUCCAGACGAUAGCCGCUGUCUCUUCCUGGGGCGUGAUGAUUCCACUGUGGAUGCUCACCGCUGUUCAGUUGGAGUUUCAAGGCCGGAGUGACUUUGGGAGGUUGUGGGUUGUCUCAUGUGUUUUUUUUAUGGCGAUGGUUGCCCUUUCCGCAUGGCUCACCCGCAUCGCCUACAGGAUUCAAGAAGUUGCGGCGCAACAGAAGAGGGGGAAGAAGAGUACGGUCAAACUUGCGUAA